GGUCUAUGCUCAGUUGUAUUGCCCACAUUAUGUUUCCUCAACACACGGUGUUAUCCUGAAGAACACAACAACCCUCUCAGUCAGCAUGACGCGCAUGCAACACGGGGUUGAGGAUGGCUUAUAUAAAGACAACUGACAUCAGCCACUGUGCGGGAGACAAGCUUGAGCAAGCCUAUGAAACGCCAUCACAAAAUCUGUCUACUUUGUUGCGUGGAACAUCGGGUUCAACCCAUAAUAAAACGAUGGAAAGAGGCAGCAUCUCCACUGGCGCACAGACCACCUCCAUCCCUGUUGCGCACCAGCUCAACUGCUCAACCAUAGAAGAUCCCAAGUUUCAUGAUAAUAUGGACGGGCAGUGCGCCGGGACCUCCAAAGCCUUACUGGCUUACAAAAAUGCGUCGCAGCACCUGAGUUCAUCAGGAAUUAAAGCUGGCUUGGGGAUACUUAAAUUGGCCUCGUCUCAGUGGAAACAAGAGAAGAAGACGCGCUCAGGGACAGCCGUACGGCAACUGUCCACUGCCAACAGCAGCCAUCCUUGCAAGAUAUCCCCACUGGAUCAGCUAGCAGCUCUGUUUCUCCACGGUCAAAGCCGGCAGCGCCAGAUUGGCCAAGAGCAAGCAACGACCAAGCCGCAGAACUGUAAGCGCAUCGUGGUUCUUGGUGCACCACGGGUCGGCAAGACGUCCAUCCUAAGAAGAUACCUUCGGGACGGAUUUGUGGAGGAGUACAAUCCCACCUCCGAGGAUUUUCUCAGGAAACUGUUUCGCAUCCGCGGAGAAACCUACCAAAUUGACGUCCUGGACGCGUCCAGGGAAAGGGAUUUCCCAGCCAAGCGGCGGCUCUCUAUCCUCACUGGAGACAUUUUUCUUUUAGUAUUCAGUCUUGAUGACCGGAGCUCUUUCGAAGAAGUGUGCGCCCUGCGAACAGAGAUUCUGGCCGCUAAAUCCAAGCUAACCAAAUCCUGUAUGCCAGAGCAAUGCGCACAGCCACAGGUUCCCCUGGUGGUCUGCGCCAACAAGGUGGAUCUCCUGGAGUCUGAGAGAGGAAUAUCUAAGGAAGAGGUGCUCCAAGCCCUGGGUGAAGACUCUGCCUAUUUUGAAACGUCUGCAAAGGAAAGCACGAAUCUAGAGAAAGUCUUCGAAACGUUGGCAAAGCGAGGCGGGCUUCCGACUGAAACUGGCCCAUCUCAGCACCGCAAACUCUCCCUCCGUUCGUACCAGGCAAUGCGGACAAGCCGUGUGCCAGGGAGGGGCAGCAGCCAGACCCCGGGGCGCAAUGAUGCCUGCGGCGCCCUUUACCCGCUGGCCCAUCGGCCUAGUUUUAGCACAGAUCUCCGACAAGUCAUUGGGCCACAUACUGCAAGAAAGCCGGGCAAAGCACUGGAAAAAUGUCAAAUUCAGUGACAGAGCGGAUAAAACAAUGAAUUAAGCACUGAUAUUCAUGUAAAUAUAAGGCAUUAUCGUUGUCUAAUUAAAUGCACUUGAGAUGAUGUUUUCAAAAUAAAAUA